AUGUCAGACCAUUACUUCGACCUCGGUGCGUACCGCCGCCAGGUCACGAGCAGCAGCAGCGACUGCCAAGCCUGGUUCGAUCGCGGCCUGGUAUGGGCCUACGCCUUCAACCACGAAGAGUCGGCCCAAUGCUUUGAGCGCGCCAUCGCCGCCGACGCGGAGUGCGCCAUGGCGCACUGGGGCCUGGCGUACUGCAUCGGCCCGAACUACAACAAGCCCUGGAGCUUCUUCGACGAGACGGACCUGGCCAACGUCGUGAGCAAGGGCCAUCGCGCGGCCAAGCUCGCCGAGGAGCACGCGGCGCGCGUCACGCCCGUGGAGCAGGCGCUCAUCAGGGCCGUGCAGCACCGCUAUCCGCAGGAGAAGCCGCAGGACCAGUGCGAGCAUUGGAACCAGGGGUUUGCCGACGCCAUGGAGAAGGUCUACAACGAGUUCCCGGACGACUUGGACGUCAUCACGCUCUUUGUCGAUGCGGUCAUGAACCUGAACCCUUGGCAGAUGUGGGACAUUCAGGCUGGCAAGCCCACCGAUGGCGCAAGAACCCUGGAGAUGAAGGCCAUCCUAGACCGCGCUUUUACGUUAGAGGGCGGCCGCGAACACCCCGGGUUGUUGCACUUGUACAUCCAUCUGAUGGAGAUGUCGCCCUCUCCCGAGUCAGCGUUGCCCAUCGCCAAUCGUCUCCGCGGGCUCGUUCCAGACGCAGGACAUUUGCAUCACAUGCCCACCCACCUCGAUGUGCUAUGCGGUCAAUACCAAGAAGCCAUCGAUUCAAACUCUGACGCCAUAGUUGCUGAUGAGAAAUUCCUGGCAAGGGUCGGGCCACUCAACUUCUAUACGCUCUAUCGCUCGCAUGACUAUCACUUCAGGGUUUACGCCGCCAUGUUUGCAGGCAAGUUGCAGGUUGCCCUAGACACAGUUGCCAAGCUAGAGUCAUCCAUCCCUAGAGAGCUUCUGCAGAUCAAGUCUCCGCCAAUGGCUGACUGGCUCGAGUCCUUUCUCACCUUAAGAGCACACGUGCUGAUUAGAUUCGGACGGUGGGAAAAUAUCGUCCAGCAGCUGCAUGUGCCUGACGACCAGCAGUUAUACUGCACAACGACAGCCAUCGUGCAUUAUGCGCUUGGGAUAGCCCACGCGGCCUUGGGCGACGUCCAGAAUGCAGAAGCUGAACAGGAGCUGUUCCGCCUGGCAGUGAAAGAAGUACCCGAGUCCCGCACGCUGUUCAACAACAAAUGCGUAGACAUCCUCCAGGUGGCGGACGCGAUGCUAGACGGCGAGAUCGAGUACAGGCGAGGGAAUUUCGAGAAGGCCUAUGAGCACCUGCGGACGGCCAUCCACCGCGAAGACAACCUGCCGUAUGAUGAGCCGUGGGGGUGGAUGCAGCCGACCCGCCAUGCAUACGGCGCCCUUCUCUUGGAGCAGGGCUACAUAGAGAAAGCGCUCGAGAUCUACCAGGCAGACCUUGGGAUGAACGACACGCUUCCACGCGCCCUGCAGCAUCGGAACAACGUAUACAACACCGAUCGUCUUCCGUGGAACACCUGUUUUUGGACUCCAGUAUCGGGCGGCCGGUCACCGAUAGAGAUGGGUGUCUUGACGUUGAUCUGGGAUUGCCUGUGGCAUUCAGGAACAAAGGGUCCUUCGGCACGACCCACGCCGUCCGGAGAUGACAAUUUACUGCUCCGACAACCCGUCGACAUCAUCCUAUGCAUAGCGGACCAACUACCUCUCGAAUCUGUCACGGCACUAGGGCUGACAUGCACAGCGUUAUCUCACCUGCUUCUCGAAAGAGCUUGCCUUCGGCUCUACCGCCAAAGAGAAGCACGACAGAACCUUCUCCUGCUCCUUGAGAGGGAUGUGGGACAUCGAUAUUAUUAUUGCCACGACUGCAGAAAGUUGCAUCGGUUUUACCAGACCUGGCGUCUCUCGAGCGAAGUCCUGCUUGACCAGCGAGGCAGACUGGACAACACCCCUGGCCAUUGCUAUGCAAGAAACAAAGCCUAUCUAUGGGAGACGAGCAUACAUCUACCUUAUCGUUUCGUCCGUCUUGUCAUGAAUCGCCACAUCCUUGGUCCGGCAAGCGGUCUACCGCUAAGUGUCCUAGACAUCCCUUUCCACUAUGUAGGUUUCCAGUGGACAACAGCUCAGCCAGUCCGAUGGGAAGUCAAGUGGACAGCUCGAAUCAUCGGCGGCGAAUUGUAUCUUCACGGAGAACACCGCUUCGCAUAUGUUCCAGGCACAGACUUGGAGACACUCCGGAUGGGGUUGGACUUUAAAGAACACGCCAUCUGCACCCAUCUGAAGACGCACGACGUCUGUCCCGUUACCUGGACGAUGGCGCGCGUUUCGCCACUACACAAGCGCACAGAGUCGGAUGCUUUUGUCUCCUGCGAAGACAUAGUAGGGGCAUGCCGCAGGUGCCUGACAGAUUACGAUCUGAGCAUCAGCCUGGUGCCGAGAGGUUCAGGUGAGAAGAGUCUCGGACGGUGCGAUCUGUGUAUUGAGGUCCACUCUUAUCACCAACUUGGGGAUGGUCGGUCGCCAAAGGACUGGAAAUGGCGGAGCGGAGGCAGUAUGAUAUCAUACGUCUUCAGCAUACUCGCAUGGUUGCUGUAUGCCUUUGUCGUUGUCCUCGCCUUGACAUCGGCCUCGAUACUCGCACUCACCCUCUACCGGCUCUUCUUUCACCCCCUGGCCAAGGUCCUGGGGCCCAGGUCUGCGGCCGUGUCCAACAUCUGGUAUGCGCGCCAGGUAGUGAGUGGCAACCUUUACAGCCUUGGAAAAUGCCUUCACCGAAAAUACGGACCUGUGGUCAGGGUUGGGCCUAACGAAGUAUGGUUCAGCUCCAAGGAAGCUUUCAAGAGUAUAUACUCUGCCGGAAACGGCUAUGAGAAGUCAGACUUUUACCACACCCUUGACCUCCUCUCAGAGCGGGACAUGGACCGCUACCGGCUGCAGCGGAGGCUGAUCGGGCGCACCUAUCAGACAUCCAACUUGAAGAAGUACGAAAAGGGAGUUGACCAAGUCCUCGAGCGGACGAUAUCGACUCUCCGGUCUCUCCAGGGCGCCGAAGUCGAUCUCAAGAUGUGGAUGCACAUCGUCGUCGUCGAGUGCCUGGCCGCCGUCGUCCUCUCGUGGUCCCCAGGCUACCUGCGCGACAAGUCGGACGGCGACACCAGCACCUGGAGCUACCUCGGCUGGAAGCGCAAGACCGUCUUCGGCCUCUUCCCCGCGUUCCACAUCGCCGAGCUCCUCUCCAAGGACGUCGGCAGGUGGUUCGCCAACCUCUGGGGCGUCUCGUACAGGACGCCCAAGGGGUUCAAGCCCUUCUUCACCCCCGUCUACGCCAAAAUCUCCCGACGCCUCAAGAACGCCCUGCACCCAAACCCUUCGGCUCCGAAGCAGCCCAGGGACACGAGGGAGGACCUCCUCGCCGACCUCAUCCGCCUCCACCGCGACAGGCCCGCCCUGACCGAGGCAUAUCUCGCCCGCCUCGCCAUGACCAACUUCGGCGCGGGCCACGAGACCAUGUGCUCCGCGCUGACAGCCUGCCUCUCCAUGCUCGGCUCGCACCGGGACGUCCAGGCGCGCGCCGCCCAGGAGGUCCGAUCCCUCCGUCCUCACGACGACGACGACGACGACGACGACAGCCAAGACGGGACGACGACUCCAAUAGUGGUAACAUCGUACGACGACGCGGCCCGGAACCUGCCCUACACGUCGGCCAGCAUCCGCGAGGCGCAGCGCCUGAACCCCGUGAUCGGCAUGUCCCUCCCGCGCACCGUGCCCCCGGGCCCGGGACUGCGCGUGCACGGCCUGUACUUCCCGCCCGGCACGACGGUGGGGUGCAACCCGGGCUCCCUGCACCGGAACCCCGACGUCUUCGGCCCCGACGCCGAGGCCUUCAACCCGGAGCGCUGGCUCGUGUCGCCCGGAGAGGAGGACGAGGACGGGGAGCGGGAGCGGGAACGCCUGCGCGCCAUGGACAGGUACAACCUGACCUGGGGCGGAGGCGCGAGGACGUGUCCCGGCCGGCACCUGGCGGAGCUGGUCGUGUGGAAGGUGGUCCCGACGCUCUUGCGGGAGUUCGAGAUACAAGUGACGAUGCCGCCGGAUGAGGACAUCCAGUACUACUUCCUCGCAAUGCUCACCGGGGUGAAGGCGAGAUUCCUGCCAAGAGAGGCAGAAGAGUGA